GGUAGUAGUUCAGACAUGGCGCUUUUGGAAAGAUCUCUCCGUCUUCACCUGACUGCUCACCGUGGUUUCUAUAAAGCAACGGCGGUGUGCAUCAAAAGACAGUUAUCAGAGAAAGCGUCGUCCAAAGCAAGGGCCAUCAGCAAUCCUGAAACAUCUGAUCACAUUCUUUAUACGCCGGAGCAUUUUGCACUGAAGGAGUCCCUAAAGAAGAUUGUGGACCAGGAGAUCAACCCCUAUGUGGACAAGUGGGAGGAAGAGGGAUCGUUUCCUGCUCACAAGAUUUUCAAGAUUCUUGGAAAUGCUGGGUUUCUAGGAGUCAACAAGCCUGUUGAGUAUGGAGGCCUGGGGCUGGACUUCAGCUACAGUGUGGCGGUGUCAGAGGAGUUGGGCAACAUCAACUGCGGCGGAAUCCCCAUGGCCAUCGGCGUUCAGAGCGAUAUGGCCACACCUGCGCUGGCCAGGUUCGGCUCUGCGGAGCUGAGGACAGAGUUCCUGUUGCCCUCCAUAAUGGGGGACAAAGUGGCGUGCCUGGGGGUGAGCGAGGUUGGGGCUGGUUCCGACGUCGCCAGCAUUAAGACAAAAGCGGUGCGGAAGGGAGAUGAGUAUGUCAUUAACGGGGGCAAGAUGUGGACAACUAAUGGCACUCAGGCUGACUGGAUGUGCCUGCUAGCCAACACCAGCGAUGGCCCCGCGCACAAAAACAAGUCCCUCAUCUGUCUGCCAAUGAACUUGCCAGGGAUCCAUAUUGCGCGUAAGAUUAAGAAGAUUGGGAUGUGGUCCUCGGACACGGCAGAGGUGUUCUUCGAUGACGUCCGAGUGCCAUGCAAGAACCUCAUUGGCCAGGAGGGGAUGGGCUUCACCUACCAGAUGCUGCAGUUCCAGGAAGAGAGACUGUGGGCUGUGGGAAGUGUCAUGUCCAUGAUGGACAAGGUACUGCAGGAGACUAUCAAGUACACAGGGCAGAGGAAGAUCUUCAACAAGUCUGUGCUCCACCAUCAGACUGUGCACUUCCGGCUGGCUGAGCUGGAGACGGAGGUGGAGCUGCUGCGCUCCUUGCUGUACCGCGCCACAGCUAUGUACAUCAAAGGCCAUGACGUGACCAAGCUGGCCUCCAUGGCCAAGCUGAAGGUCGGCCGCCUGGCCCGGGAGUUGGCGGACAGCUGCCUGCAGUACUGGGGAGGGAUGGGCUUCACCAACGACGUGAUUGUCAGCAGGUUCUACAGGGACUCCAGAUUGUUGUCUAUUGGAGGUGGAGCGGAUGAAGUCAUGCUGGCCAUCAUAUGCAAGUACAUGGACACCUUGCCCAGGCAGUGAUAUGUAUUGUAUAUCACAAUAACAGUUAAUCAUUGUGAAAUGACAUAAGUGCUCUUCUGCCACAAUAUUUUAAAAGAUGGCAAUGUCUCAAGAAUGGUUAAUUCAGUGCCUUAAUGUUUUAUUUGUAUAUAAUUAGAAUGAUUUUUUGAUCAUAUUUCUUGUGUAGAUAUAUAGUGUGAAUAUUUGUACAGCUCUUACAUGUUGUAGCAUGAACUUCUUCUGUAAUCAGUGGGUAUAACAGACGUAAAAUGAUUAAAAACAUGACACCUCUUACACAUAAAA